UAUUUGUCUUCUUUUCUGCAAACCCUAAAAUAAAAAGGUCCGAUUUUUCUCAACCUCUAAGUGGUGCUGCGUUGCUUACUUGCAUAGAUUGCGUCCCCUCCAACAACCUCGUGCAAAUUCUCCAUCCCUCCGCUGCUUUUACCCUUCAAUCGGAGAAACCCCAAUACCAGAACCACCAUGUCUGGCCGUGGAGAAGGUCGGGAUCGUUCUCGGCGGGACUACCUGGGGUCAGCAAGUUCUGGGCGGAGCAAUGCGCCGCCUUCGAGGCACCUCUGGGUGGGAAAUCUUUCUCAUAGGAUAGCCGAGCAGGACCUCACCGAUCAGUUCCUGCGGUUCGGGGAGCUCGAAAGCGUCGCGUUUCAGCCUGGACGAAGCUAUGCCUUUAUCAAUUUCAAAAACGAGGACGAUGCCAAUGUUGCCAUGAAGUCGCUUCAAGGUUUUCCCCUCAUUGGGAAUCCACUUAGGGUUGAGUUUGCCAAGGCGGACAAGUCAGGGACAGCAUUGCAAGAUGAAGACCAAUACUCCACAUUGAGAGGCUCCCCUUUCUCACAGAGGGAUCCUAGAGCACAUCAUGCAAGUCCUGAAACUUUUAAUCCCAACAAAUCAAAGACCAAUGAUAGAAGUGCAGAACCCAGUGAGGUUUUGUGGAUAGGGUUCCCAACUUUACUGAAGGUGGAUGAAGCAAUCCUGAGGAAGGCCUUUUCACCAUUUGGUGAGAUAGAGAAGAUUACUGUUUUUCCAGGGCGUAGUUAUGCUUUUGUUCAGUUUAGGAGUCUAAUGUCUGCUUGUAGGGCAAAAGAAACUCUUCAGGGGAAGUUAUUUGGAAAUCCACGUGUCCAUAUUUGUUUCUCGAGGAGAUCUUCUGAGAGUUUUCUGCACGAUAGGAAUUUUUUGAGCUUGACAGAUGAUACCAGCAUCAGAUCUCCUUACCAUCCAAAUUUGGAUUCUGGUGAUUCUGAGGUCUAUAGCUUGAAAAGGAAGAGUACUUCAUGGAGCAGUGGAAACAGUGCCUAUGAACCCCAGAGGUUUGGGGAAGUGGAGCCUGAUUCACAAAUACCAGAAGAUAUGUAUGAACACAACAGGAGUCCUAUGAGAUUCCAUGAUUACCCUCAGAAAUUUGUUAAGAAAAGUUCAGUUUAUGAAGAACCAUGGGAUGAUAUGCCAGAAGAUGCCUAUUCUGUUCAUGGAACCAAGAAACUAAGGAUUGGCUCCUUUCCUCCUGAGAGAGAGCUUCUUGAGUAUCCUUUAUCUGAUUUAGAACAAGAAGAUCAUGCUUUUCCAAGGGUACUCUCUGAUUUUCCACAAUCUGACAGCUUUGGUAAGAACUUUGAUGUUGGAAACUUUGGUUAUAAACAGAUUUCAAAUCGUCCAGUGAAUUCAGCCAUGCCUCAUGGAGAAAGGAAUGAUCACUGGAAGCCAUCUUAUGAUGGGUUUCAGGUUGGAUCUGGUUCUCUACCAUCAAAUCUUGUUGAGAGGAAAAGAUUAACUCCUGAACUAGAUCAGCCAUCUUUGAAAGAGUGGAAAUGGGAGGGUACUAUAGCAAAGGGUGGAACUCCUGUCUGUCGUGCUCGCUGCUUUCCUGUCGGAAAAGUCCUUGACAUCAUGCUGCCUGAAGUUUUAGAUUGCACUGCAAGGACUGGGCUAGACAUGCUUGCAAAGCAUUACUAUCAAGCCUCUAGUGCUUGGGUAGUUUUCUUCGUCCCUGAAAGUGAUGCUGACAUAGGAUUCUAUAAUGAAUUUAUGCACUAUCUGGAGGAAAAGCAGCGUGCAGCAGUUGCUAAAUUAGAUGAUAGGACCACCUUGUUUCUUGUACCACCAUCAGAUUUUUCAGAGAAGGUGCUUAAAGUACCUGGAAAACUAAGCAUCUCUGGUGUUAUUUUGAGAUUAGAACUUCCUAGUUUUGGGGCUGUUCUUCCAAAUUUGAACAAGGAUGCUACUUUGUUUCGUGGUGAUUCAUUAUAUGGAAGACCAGCAUCUUUUCCUUCAGUGACAUCUUAUCCAGAGUUAAGUAAAUCAGGAUCUAGUGAUCUCUCUUUUCAAGGGAAUGCAGCUAAAUCAGCUCAGCCAAUGUCAUUUUCAGGGUCAGCUCAUGAUAUUGGACAUCCAUCAGACCAGUACAAUGAGAAUGGGCAUGAGCAUCCUCUUCAUUCCUGCAAUCCUUUGUCCAUACCCAACUGGUGUUCUCAUGAUCUGCAGACCUCGGCUUCUGUUGCUAGAAAUAUUUCUUUUCAAGUUUCGAGUGUUGUUCUUGAUCCUAUUCAGGCACAUGACUCCGCCAUGCCCAGGGCAAUGCAAGAAGCAAGCUCUAGUAAUUAUCCUGGUGGAAUUUCUGGUAUACCAUUACCGGGCCACAGCAAGCCAUCUCAUCAGGAAGCAAAAACUUCAGUCCCUUUGUCUACACCAUUUUCAGCCAUUCAAUCAGAGCAGCUAGCACAGUUAGCAUCAUCUCUUCUUGGGCAGCAGAGGCAGGCAGGGAGCACUCCAAAUAUAUCUACUGGGGAGACUUUCCGACAGACAAAUACUGCAGAGCAGUCUGAUAUGUUAAGGCCAUCACAAGGAUAUGCUUUACAGAAUAAUCAAGUCACUCCUGAGCUCUCAACUUCUCACAUUACUCAAAUGCAACAAUUGCAGCAACAACAGACUUCAAAUGUACCUGUAACCAUUCCUCCUGUCACUCAAAGGGAGUUUCAGCCAGGGGCUGAGAUAAAUCAACAGCUGCAAAGUACAAGUACCCAAGAAGAAGCUGAUUCAGAUCCGCAGAAACGUCUUCAAGCAACAUUGCAGUUGGCAGCAGCUCUUCUUCAGCAAAUCCAACAGGCGAAGGGAACUUGAAUGAAUCCAUAUAUCUUUCCAGUGGAUUGUCUGAACCGUUACUUUGUUGAGAGAGUACAACCUAGAUCAAAUUUCAGGUCAGCGUAAUUGUCUUGGUUUUUGGCACGUUGUAGUAGCAGAGUACAAUUACAAAGUAUUUCUAGGUUCUCCUCUUUUUGGCAUUUUGACUGGCUGUAAUUUUCUCUUUCAUUCAAGUAUAUCACGCAGCUAUGGAAUUAAACAGAUUGUUUACCGGCUAGUCCAAAUUUCUACUUUGAAAUUGCGAAAGCAUAUGAAGU